ACUACCGUUCCCCCCCCCCCCGGGCCUAGUGGAAAAUGGUUCUGUCAGAGCUGGCUGUGCGCCUAAACUGCGCCGAGUACAAGAACUGGGUGAAGGCGGGACACUGCCUGCUGCUGCUGCGUAGCUGCCUGCAGGGCUACGUUGGCCGCGAGGUGCUCUCCUUCCACCGCAGCCUGCUCGCCGCAACCCCCGGGCUGGGCCCCCGCGCCACCUGCCGCGGCGGAUCACGGUGCAGCCCGCGCGCCCGCCAGUUUCAGCCUCAGUGUCAGGUGUGCGCGGAGUGGAAGCGGGAGAUUUUGAGACAUCACGUCAACAGAAAUGGAGACGUGCACUGGGGAAACUGCCGGCCGAGCCGCUGGCCCAGCGACGCCUGGGAGGUGGCCAAGGCCUUCAUGCCCCGAGGACUGACAGACAAACGAGGACCUGAGGAAUGUGAUGCAGUUGCUCUUUUAAGUUUUAUCAACUCCUGCGAUCACUUCAUGGUUGAUCGAAAGAAGGUCAUAGAGGUGAUAAAGUGCCGUAAUGAGCUCAUGCACUCUUCAGAGAUGAAAGUAUCAUCUACAUGGCUUCAAGAUUUUCAGAUGAAGAUACAGACUUUUCUGAAUGAAUUCAAGAAUAUCCCAGAGAUUGUGGCAGUUUAUUCUAGAAUAGAACAGCUAUUGACAUCUGACUGGACUGUCCACAUCCCCGAGGAGGACCAGCCCGAUGGGUGUGAAAGUGAAAUAGGAAGUUACCUGAGUGUGAGCCAAGUCAAUGAAAUCGAAAUGGAGUUACUGAAGGAGAAGCUUCAAGAGCUGCGCCUCCAAGCAGAAGCAGAAGAAGUGCUGCCCGAAGAGAUCUCAAAUCGACUAGCAGUGGUAAAGGAAUUUCUGAGAAACAAUGAGGAUCUUAGAAAUGGCCUUACAGAAAAUAUUCAAAAGCUAGACAGUCUCCACCUACAGCAUCAAAAACUGGAUUCAGAGGAGCCUGGGAGACAGACACCUGAAGGGAAGGCCUGAGGUUGCACUUCGACACAAACGAGGCAUGCUCUGUGAUGGUCAGUGUGGCUUCCAGCUCAUGCAUCCUUUUCUCUGCAGAGGAAGAAGUUUCCAGAGUACUGUACCCAAAGGACAAGUUCUUGUUGUCCUGGAUUUGCCUGUGGCUCUCAGGGGUAGUUUCUUCAGAUGCAUAAACUUGGGGCUAUGUAAUGUAUACCAGUCGAAAAGUCCUGGAUCCCCUUUUGCUAUCACUUGCAGGCUCCCAGGGGCUUUGUGCUAUGUCAGGGGGGAGAGCCUGUCCUGGCUUCCUCUGGCAGAGGGGGUCGGGCCAGGCCUGUGCCAAGGACUCACAUGGAGCUCUGUGCCCCUGGCAGACGUGUCCUGUCCCUGCUUCCUGCUGCUGGAACGCCUCCCACAUCAGGGCCAUGGUGGAAGUGUUUAGCUAGAAACCCUUCCUUUUUGGAAGAAGGCAAGAGAGAAACAUGCCUGGAAGGCCAUGUUCUUGCCAUUUCAGCCGGGGACGAACAGAACUGUUCUUAGCUGGCUGGAGUCCCCUGAGGCUAGGGGGCAGGGCUGGGCAGUGGGUAGUCACGGAGACCUCAGGGUCAGGGGCCUGGUGGCUUGUUUACCUGGCCCUCAUGUGAAGUCAGGUCCACAGCAGGCAGGCUCGGUUGUUUUCGUUCAUGCCGUGUUAUCUUCAGCGUGGAGUGCAGGACCUGGCCCGUGGGGGCUUGAUGAGUAUUUGUUUGGCUGAAGAUUUCGUCUGUUAGCCUAGGAGUUUUUGUAACAGGUACUCCUAGGCUAACAAAUACUCAAUAAAUUCAUUCAUAUUUCCUCUAUUUCUUUUACCCAAAACGUAUUCUGCUCCUGACUUUGUCCUGUUUGUUCCCGAACGGCAGUAAGCUCUGUCCCAUUGGGUGCAGUGAUCUGUGGGGUCGGCGUCCCUCGCGUCUUCCCCUCCACCUGCGCAUUGCCGAGGCCAGUGGUGCUAAACCGGGGCAGGUCCCCUGUGGACCUUCGUUCAGGGGGCAGAACCACCUUGUGCAGCACCCGAGCGAAGAUGAGUGCGCUUCUUUGCCUGUUAACCAGCCCACAAGGGCGCCUUAGAGAACGGGGGGAGGAAGGGGUAUGUAUUUCUACAUCAAAAUGCGCUUCAAAUGGUUCUGUAAGUCCUGGAUGAGCGCAGCUGUGCCUGUUGUUUCCUGCUUCCCAGUUGCUGUCUGGUCUUCAGUCUGGUGCUCGUGUGUGGCUGGGGAUCGAGUGUGCUAGGCAGGUGUGCUACCACUGAGCUGUAACCUGGCCCUUGUGUUUUCUCUCCCCCAUUAUUUCAUGGAGUUCCUUGAAAAGACUUCAGUAGUAAAGUAAGAAUUUUCACACAUCUAGCAAACUCCCAAACUAAGAAACUUGAACGAAAUAUCUCCUAGCUUCUAGAUCUGAGAUACAAAAUGUGGGAUCAAAUAGGAUCUUGAUUCACUAACCAACUUGAAACCUGAUUUCUAACUUUAGGAACUUUGGGAUAUGAACCCUUCCAUUUUACACCUGCAUCAUUAGUUUUUCCUAGGAUCCAGCAAGCGCAUUCUCAGAUGUCAACCAUGUGCCAGACCCUGAAGUAGAUGAGAAUAUAAAGAUUUGUAAGGCAUGGAUGAUAAUGUAUGGGCUGUCAUUUUAUGGGCUUAUUUAUCUGCUCUAUUAAGUCAAAGGUAUUGUUCAGAAGGCUUUAUACUGGUAACAUUCCAUUACAUUGAAACAGAAAGGAAAACAUGGCCAGAGAGAGCUUUAAAACACUUUAAAGCAAAUGUAGCAGAUACAGAAACAUCAACCUAGCAUUUCUUGGACACAGUUGUGCACAUGGGCACAGGCGCAUGCGUAGCAGCGUAGUUAACCAGCCAUUAAUAGAGAACCAGUUGAGUAAAGUGUAACAUCAGCUUGCAGGAUGUUAUGCAACUACUGGAAAGACUGAAAUGGUACUGCAGUGCAGUAGUAUGCACCGAUCUAUAAGAAAAGCAAGGCUGGGGUGUAGCUCAGUGGUAGAGCACCGCUCUACCAAAACUAAAUACAUAGAACAGCAAAAUGUUUAAGUGUGCAGAAUAUGUUGUACUACUAUAUGUACUUUAUAAUAUUUAAGGUUUGAACAGCCAUGUGCUUUUCCCAAGGUUUUUUGCUGUGUUAGGUCUAUGAAGGCAGUUGGGGCUGUGGGGUAGUUAAAGGAAUUUGCCUUUCCUAUUUUGUGUACUCUCACAUGACAUUUUUACAAAUGUACACUUGCUUUUGUAAAUGGGGAGGGGAAUGG